CAUAAGCAUACGUACUCUCAAAAAUAUAAUGUUCGUAUUUAUGUGCAAUCAUGGUCUACAUAGAACAGAAAAGGCAGCUGUUGUGACCCCAGAGACUGAACUAGAAGGCAGGACACGAUCCUCCAGUGUUGGAAAAUAUCGAAGGGAGUCUCAGGCUGAGUGUAAAUACAAACGACAAUAAAAUCACUGAGGAUAGAGCGACAGUAUAAAUACAUUAUAGCGACGACAUAUGCACUAGUCAACGCAAUGGCGGGCGAAGACAAGCGGAAGAUUUGCCCACGGCGCAUUACACAAGAAACAUUCGAUGAGGCUGUGGCAGAGAAUAAAGACCUCUUUGACAUGUCACACGAAGAUGCGGUACAGGAGAGUAUCGAGCAGUUUAUGAUCCAAGGUGUAGAUCUGUCCACUAUAAGGACCGGCGAAGACGAUGAAGAGAAAGUGUUCCAGUGGGAUACCAACCCCACCGAAACUGAUAAAGAAGGCAAGCCACACAUCAUGGACGACCGAGAGAACUUAUUUCUACAAACCGAUGCGGAACUCAUACAGAGGAAGAAGUACAUGGCUAACGUUAACUAUGACAAAGGCGAAGCUAUCAAAGUGCCGUGCAAGAUACUGUGUGCACAGGCGUGGAGUAAUCCAUUUGUUUUCACGGGGGGUGCCGAGAAUUCAAUCCGAAAGAUCGACACCGUGGCCAAGACCAUUGUAGGGACCACCAGGAAACAAGAGGGCCCUAUCUCCGCACUGGCGACCUCUGCGGAGUAUCUCGUGACAGGGUCAUGGGAUAGAACUAUAAUCGUAUGGGAUGCCGCUUCAAUGGUAAGUGUACACUAUAGCGCUGUUGCGUCGAGUGUUAAGAGUGAGACGAUGUACAGUGCGCUUAUGAGGCGGAUGUCAAUGUUAUCUGCUAGAUAG